UCAGAUUCCCGUAGUUGUAGUGUCAUCCGCUCAGUGCAGUGAGUCCCGUCCACCGAUCAGUGUGCGUCGGGAGCUCGACCUCGUGCGUCCCCACUUGCAAACUAAAGCCCACCUACACAGCCCACAAAGUUUCAAGUGCACGCAUUGCUCGGUAAACCCGUGUAGACCAUACUCUGUCAGUGCCACAAUCUGUACAAGCACCACUACGCCGUGCCUACGUUAGAAGCAUCACGUGGUAGUGCAGGUAAACGCCAAGGCAUCGGCCAAUCUGGCAUGGCCCCCACGCUGCUGGCUCCAGGCAAUGAUAUAUACGGUGGUUUCCUACCCUCAAGCUAGCUAGCUGCUACUCUGGUAGUGUAGUGUUGUUGUUGGUGCGAGCUAGAGAAGGAGUGUGUUUGUGUGUUGCUUGGGUCUAUAUGGCGUGGCCGCCGCCGUUGAUGCAGGUGAUGGAUGACCUCAUCAAGGGGCAGGAGUUCGCGACGCAGCUGCAGGGUCUCCUCCGGGACAACCCCAAAGUCGGGCUUCUCAUGGAUCAGAUCCUGCAAAGAUUUUCCCGCGCCAUUGACGCCGCCAAGGCCGGUGCCGGCGAGUGGUCUUCGGACGUGCAGAGCGAGGUCACCUACGGGGGAAGCGGCGGCGGGAAGAGGAAGUCCGGCGCCGGAGGGGAUAGCAGCAGGGGUGCCUGUCGGAGAAGGACCCAGCAAUCCUCCGUGGUGACGAAAACCAUGAACACCUUGGACGACGGGCAGGCCUGGCGCAAGUACGGCCAGAAGUACAUACACAACUCCAAGCACCCAAGGGCCUAUUUCCGGUGCACGCACAAGUACGACCAGCAGUGCGCGGCGCAGCGGCAGGUGCAGCGAUGCGAAGACGACGACGACGACAAGGACACCUUCAGGGUGACAUACAUCGGCGUGCACACCUGCCGGGACCCCGCCGCCGCUCCGGUUCACGUCACCCGCACAGCCGGCUGCCAUCUCAUCAGCUUCGGGCCCACUCCUACCACGACGACAAGCACCACCACGACCGCCCAGGUGGGGUCCGGCCUGCAGAGCCUCAAGCGGGAGAGCGGCGGCGACCAGGAGGAGGUGCUCAGCAGCAGUACCCCCGCUGCGACGCCGCCGGCACCGGCUUGGCCGGACCUGGGCGACGUCACGUCCGCCCCGCACUGCUGCUACGCUGGCGUUGACUUCUUGGAGGAUUACACGCAAGGUCUUGAGUACAUACUGCCGUUCGAUCUCGAUGGUUGAUCAAUCGGGGUGUGUGUGUGUGGAUCGGGAGGUGCCAAAAGGAAGGAAGGAUCUAAAUAAUGGCUCCACGGAUCAUCUUCGAUCUUCUCGAGCCGCAACCACUACGCGCGCCUAGUUUAGUUUGUACAGUUGUUAUGUGUAAUGAUAUCAGCCAGAAGCUGCGGAUGUGCUCACGCCUAUGUAGAUAGAUUAUGUUAGCCUUAUUAGUCGAUUCGAGGAUUUUAUCUUCCCCAUGAGUGCGUGACUGACAAGUGAAAGCAGAUGGUUUCGUUGUAUUUUCUACCAUAGAUAUGCCACUUGUGCAAAGUUUAGCUA